AUGCUGCGAUCCUGUCGAACACGCCUCCGCAUCGCUUACGUGACAGACGUGGAGGGUGAUUUCUCAUAUUUUGCUCGUUAUGCAGAAAGAAGCAGGGUGGUGUCGUGGAAUCAAGGGGUUCUUUCCUUCCGGGAUGCAACGUCACACUUUGUAUACGGGGGGGAUGCGUUUGAUCGCGGUGACGACAUUAGCUUUGCGGAGGCACUUCUGGCAUUCCACGACGCAUACCCAUCCCGUGUGCACCUUAUGCUGGGAAACCGUGACAUCAACAAAAUGGUGUUCGGCUCUCCCAUGAUGAAAGUGUUGGGGAAUGGCCCGUUCCCUCCCAGAGCCGCGCAAGCUUUCUUAUUUCCUGAUGUAAUGGCGAAGAUGAGUGACCGAGUCAAUCCGCUACCCUACGAACAGUUUCUUCAUCAGACGAGUGCAAGUCCUGUUACAGGUAAAACAACUCUGAUUCAAUGGGCUCUCACCCAUAAGAUGGGCGGCGCGCGAACUUUUGAACAUCGGCGGGAGGAAUUGCGACGGCUGCGUGGGCAGACCUUGUCGGAUGACGAAGUGGCGCAGAGUUUUCUGAAUAGUGCGCUUCCUGGAGGUGUGUACUACGAGUACCUGAGAAGGGGGAGGAUAGCGUUAAUUCUCGAUGGUGUUCUUUUCGUUCAUGGUGCUGUUGUCAAUGAGAACGUUGGAGUUCUUCCUAACGAAGAGUCUUCAUUGGAGUGUGUGUCUACCCCAACUCACAACGUUAUGAUCCAACAAGGAACCGCCGACGAGUGGGUUGACACGUUGAACAGAUUCAAGAAUAGGCAGUUUGAACAGUGGUCAGCGGGUGGAGAGGGGGCGGCGCUGCGACGGUAUGCUUUUCCCUUUCCCUGUGUUCCCUACUCGGUUGUUGUUAACUCUCUUACCUCUUCAGGAAGUCCCCGCUACUUGGGGCUUGGUGGAGUGGAGUUUCUCAACCGUAGUGGUAUUCACGCCGUGUGUGGUGGGCAUCAACCAACCGGUGACACACCGUGCAUUGUACAGCAGCCGGGUCUGCUCUCUAUCUCUGCCGACAAUUCAUACUGCAGCGGAGGUGGAACUCGUGGCUCAAGCGUCGUUGAGGUUCUGUUUGAGGAUGAUGGGGUCGUGGCUAUUAGUGGGCUACGGGAGGACGGGACACCUUACGAUUUCACAGCAACUGGUAGUGUAGUGGGGCGGCACCUCGGUGCCGGUUGGUGGGUGAAGGUGAAGUCAGGGGAUGACCGUUAUGAGGCACAACGGACCCGUGACUCGUAUCGGACCAAGGAGGUGCUUGUGUUAACCUCUGAUGAAGUUGAGGCGCAUCUCCGUCAGUCAAGUGACCCACCAGUGGAUGGUGACGCCCCAGAGCGAUGGACUAAGGAGGAACUAUUUCCGACAUCAACCGCCAUUAAAACGAGGCGCACGCGUUCUGGCCGCUGUGUGUAG